AUGAUGGUUUGCAGAAGAAGGAGGAUUGCAAGAACAAGUUGCAGCAUUACAUGGUUUGCAUUGUUACUCUUGCUGUGCUCUGGGCACCCUCUUUGCUGUGCUAGAGAUACACUUACGUAUGACACUCCAAUUCGAGGAGGCGUCAAAUCAGAAACUCUUGUUUCGGCUGGAGAAAAAUUUGAACUGGGAUUCUUUACUCCUUUAAAUUCAUCUGCAGAAAGCUAUGUUGGCAUUUGGUAUCACAAUCUGAAUCCAAGGACAGUUGUUUGGGUUGCUAACAGAGAAAAACCAGUUUUUGUCAAUUUAACUAGCACUGGAGUUUUUGCAAUCAAAGAAGGUAACCUCCAAGUGUUGGAUAGUUUUACUGAUGAUGAGUCUUAUUGGUCAACAGGGCUUGAACCAAUCAAGUCCUCAAAUUUGACGGUGAGGCUUAUGGAUUCUGGGAACCUGGUGUUGUUCAGUGAUGAUGGUGAAGAUGAUCGGCUGGCAGUGCAAAAAAGUUUGUGGCAGAGCUUUCAAAAUCCAACUGAUACAUUCAUUCCUGGGAUGCUGAUGGAUAAAAGCUUAGAAUUGACUUCAUGGAGAGACCAAGAUGACCCAGGAAUUGGAAACUUCACCUUCAAGCUAGAUCAAGAAGGAGACAAUCAGUAUGUUAUCUCAAGAAAAUCAAUUCCUUAUUGGAAAAGUGGAGAGCCAGGUGAGUUUUCCACCUCAGCUGAAAUGCCUCCUCCUAUAACUUAUAUGUUAUCAAAUUUCCGCAUGAGAGGUGUCUCUCCUAAUAAUCUAACAAGAUUGGAAUACAAUUAUACAAGGUUGGUGAUGAAUUUUACUGGGGAGCUGCAAUUUCUUACCUACACAAAGCAGUGGAAUGUGGAUUGGUGGGAGCCAAAGGAUCGAUGCAGUGAGUUUAAUGCUUGUGGUGACUUUGGCAGCUGUAACAGCAACAAUAUACCGCGGGAGUGCAAAUGUUUGCCGGGUUUCAGUCCCCAGUUUGUAGAGAAAUGGAAAUCAGGAGACUUUUCUGGUGGAUGUGCAAGACAGUCGAAAAUAUGUGAAAAGAACAACACGUUCUUGAGCUUGAAGAUGAUGAAAGUGGGAAAACCAAACCCACCUAUCAAAGUUGACAACGAAAUAGCAUGCAGGAACGAGUGCCUAAGCAAUUGCCUGUGUCAAGCUUACUCAUAUGCCGCAGCUGCAAAGAACCCAAGAAGGGAUGCCUCUACUUCUUCCUUGUGCUGGACAUGGUUGACAGAGCUAAAUAAUCUUCAAGAAGAGUAUGGAGAUGAUGGCCGUAAUAUCUCCGUUCGAAUUGCCUUGUCUGAUUCAGAAUCAACCCUAAGAGACUGCAAGCCUUGUGGCACAACCAUCAUUCCUUAUCCCCUGAGCACUGGACCGGAUUGCGGUGACCCCAUGUACUCCCGUUUCAAGUGCAGCCCCAUCACAGGCCAGGUUAGCUUCGUGGGACCAAAAGGCACCUUCUUUAGAGUUAUUAGUAUCAACCCAAGUGCACAAAGAUUCGUCAUCCAAGCCAAAAAAGUGGAUAAUUGUGAUCCUAUAAACAGAGUCAAAAGUCAACAGCUGAACCCUCCAUUUCCAUUCAAUGUGACCAGUUGGUGCAAUGUUCACCUGGGCAAUUUUAGUUCUCAAGUUUCAUCCGGAGGUACUACUGCAGUAGAGUUAGGUUGGGAGCUGCCGCUGGAACCAACCUGUACAACAUCUGCAGACUGCAGGGGUUGGCCACAUUCAAAUUGCAGUCCAGCAAGAGAUAGAAAGAAAAGAUGCCUCUGCAAUGCCAAUUAUCAAUGGAGUGGCUUUAACUUAAAUUGUACUCAAGAAGGUAAUCUUCAACAGACACCAAAACCACAAAUAGAAGAACAACCAAGAAGCAAAGUGCCAGUGUCUCUGAUGCUGAUAGUUGUGGCAGUUGUUACAAGCGGAAUUUUUCUCGCAUGCAUCAUUUCUGUUUAUAUAUGGAGAAGAAAGAUAACCAAGAGACAAGAUAAAAUAAAUCGAGCACAACUUGAUAGUGAAAGGCGAGUCCAAGAGUUGAUGGACACAAGUGAGUUCAAGGAAGAAGAUGAGAAAGGUAUAGAUGUACCCUUUCUCGAUUUGCAAAGCAUACUAAACGCAACAGAUAAUUUCUCAGAUGCAAACAAGCUUGGACAAGGGGGCUAUGGCCCUGUUUACAAGGGCAAGUUUCUUGGAGAUCAAGAGAUUGCGGUAAAGAGGUUAUCAAGGGCUUCAGGACAAGGCUUACAGGAAUUUAAAAAUGAGGUGGUGCUGAUUGCCAAACUGCAACACCGAAACCUUGUUAGGCUUAAAGGAUAUUGCAUUAAAGGAGAAGAAAAGAUUUUACUCUAUGAGUACAUGCCUAACAAAAGCUUAGACUUCUUUAUAUUUGAUCACACAAAGAGCAUCUUUCUCAAUUGGGAGAUGCGCUUUAACAUCAUUUUGGGAAUCACUCGAGGACUUCUUUAUCUUCAUCAAGAUUCCAGAUUGAGGAUCAUUCACAGAGAUUUGAAAACCAGCAACAUUCUCUUAGAUGAGGAGAUGAACCCCAAAAUAUCUGACUUUGGCUUGGCGAGGAUUGUUGGAGGCAAAGAAACUGAGUCGAACACAAACACAGUAGUUGGAACUUAUGGUUACAUGUCUCCCGAGUAUGCAUUAGAUGGAACUUUCUCAGUGAAAUCAGAUGUGUAUGCCUUCGGUGUGGUUCUUCUUGAGAUAAUCAGUGGAAAAAAGAACACAGGAUUUUAUCAAUCCAUACAAACUUUCAGCCUCAUAAAUUAUGCAUGGAGACUGUGGACAGAAAACAAGGGUUUAGAACUAAUGGACAAGACUUUGGAUGAAAGUUGCGACAAAAGUCAAUUCAUCAAGUGUGUGAAUGUUGGGCUCUUAUGCGUACAAGAAGACCCUGUUGAUCGUCCCACCAUGUCAAAUGUUCUUACCAUGCUUGACAGUGAAAUUGCAAUCUCUCCAACUCCUAAACAACCAGCCUUUUUCCUAAGGAGAGGCAACUCUAGCACAGCUUCUUCUUCUACUAAGCCAGAAACAUUUGCUGAAAUAACUACAACUCUGGAUGAAGGUAGAUAA